UACUCCAGCUAAUGAAUCAAAUCGAACUGAACCGUGAACGGUGUUACAUCGUCGUUCCCAGCAGGCAAUCCGAUCGGAAAACCUGUGCCGUGUUGGAUUGGAUUCCUGUUUUUUCUGUUCCGGUCUGGUCGUGUUCGUUUAGAGUGUUGUGGUUUCGUCUUCAGUGUGGCAAGUGAAAAUGUCAUUGCAAUCCAAGGAAUUCAGGACCACGGUACGGGUGGAGAAAAAAUGACUGCAGUGUCCUUUUCCAGUCGUCGUCGUCUUCGUAGUCUGCCGUACAUACACAGACGCAUCCGAACACACAAAAGUCAGCGUGGGAGCUGACUGGACGGAGGAAUCUUUUAGAAAAAAAAAUCCUAAGCUCAAGACAGAACUCCUGGCAAGUGACAAUCGAUAGAGGGAUAUAGUGGAGAGUCUUUAGAAUUGAAAGAAUAAUUUUUUGUCACGGUCCUUAAGGGUGGAGAAAAAAAUUAAGUACACUCACUACAAGUAGAUUAAGACAGUCGUCAGUGGUUGUGUGGUGGUGUUAAGACAGUUUCCCGAUAUUAAGGGAGAGAUUUUCCUCGUGAAAUUUUCGCGCACCGAUUGACGGCGGGAGUACGGAUAGGUGGGGUGUGUGAAGCGGGAGCAGCGCCUGAGACACGCUGGGCAACUAGUGAGCGGGUGUAUCGUGAGCGCAGCUGAAGCUCUUACUCUCGGAGUCGCGGUCAGCUGGUGACAGCAGUAUGCAGUCCCGGAACGCUCUUGAUGGGGAACCCCAGUUCGUGAAGGUGCAACCGGAAGCCGGUGGAGAUGCAGCCAAAAGCCCAUCGGAGAAGCUCAUCGUACACCUGAUUGUCAGCUUUCGGGACAUUUGUGUUUUCACGUUGAUCCUGCCGCUGGGGACACUGUUCGUGUGUUUCGUCUCAGCCUACGUCUUCCAGCCAGAGGAAAUUCACGAAACGCACUGUCGGGUGUACAACAUAAUCCCCUCGAUCAGUGCCAUCACUGGUGUCAGCCCGCAGCGUUAUCUUUGGCGGGUUUCGAUAGCACUCCACAUCGGGCCUCGAUUUAUCAUUGCCUUCGUCUACAAAAAUUACUAUCGCGUGUUGAUCAACGAACUGAACGACCCUUUGAGUAUAAAGAAAGCUAGCCGCUUGCUGAAUGUUGUUUACUGGCUUAACCUCACGGAGAUUAGUGCCCUGUGCUGCGUUACCUACAUUUCCAACAAAGAAAACUACCCUCUGCACGAACGGUUCUUUAUCAUCUUUAUGACCUCCUCGUUGUGUUACAUGCUGGCGACACUGAAACUGCUGAAGGUGCUCCAGCCGAACGGACCGCAAACCGUCCAAGAGGAAUCGUCGCUGCGCUACAAGAAGGCCUUCUUCGCCCUGUCCAUCGCAUCCACCGUCGGAUUGAUUCUGUUUUUCCUUAGGCACCGCUUCCUCUGUCAUGAUUUGGCCUUCAGCUGGUUCGCCUUGUGCGAGUACAUCGUGGCAUCGGCCAAUAUGGGCUUUCACUGCACCACGAUGCUGGACUUCCCGACGGAGGAUUUCUUGAUUGCCAAAAAUGCGAACCGCUACCGGAAACAGCAGGCCUCCAUCAGUUGGAAGCUGGAUUAAGGUGCUCUCGGUCCAGAUCCUGGUCUUGUUUGAACUCUCCCUAAUUGAUAGAAGGAUCAACCAGAAAAAAAUACUGGUAGAGAAUAUUAGUUAAGUAGCCGUAAGCGGAAAAGUAGGGAACUGCUUCAGAAGUAACAACAGCAGUAAAGGGUCGAAUUCUUACCUUUAUAGUGCUCUAUAGUUUGACAGCAUCUCAAAAUGGAAGACAAAACGGGAGAAGUAUUUUAAGAAAACUAUGAAACGUUUGAAACAACACACACUAUUUACGCUCGAUUAAUAGGUAACAAAAACUAGUUGAAGCGCCUCUCUUUGUCUGGGGAAAAAAUGAUCGACUAAUGAAUACGGCGCUAGGACUGCCCGCAAUAGAUUUGCUUCCUAUCUUCCUCCAGUAGAUGUCCCCUGUUUGUGACCACGUCUUAUUCCCACUUAGGUUAGGCCAAUUGCCAAGCUGUAGCUGCCUUCUUCCUGUUGUGGUUUAGAUAUACUAUCGAAAGAGCAAUAGAGUGUUCCUUUGAGGCUGCGUAACGUAACCUCACUUUCGGCGCGAGUCGACUUCUUUUUUCCCAGACGAAAGAACACCUCAUGUUCUCAUACAGGGGACGGGAGUUACAUCUGACCGUACGACGAUUUGGGAGGAGAUCAAAGAUUAGAAAAGAAAUUAUUUAACCCCCCAAAAAAUAUAAUUCCUUAGUAGCAAAAUGGUAGCCACGUGAAGUAAGGCAAGUUAAAAGAUAUUAUCUAGUAUUAAUAGCAAGUGUAUAGUCCACAAUUUAACAGAUUCAAGUAAAUCGAACAACAGAGGAACUUAAAUGCAAUGCAUUUAGCCGUGAAACUGCUCUAGUCUUGAUUAUAUUUAGACGCGAAACGUUCAUUACACACACACGUACACGUACACAAACACACACACAUACUUACGAAACAGUACCUUAUUAGAGUGCAUAUUAUUUAAUCUUGUAAGAAUUCGAACAAACAGAUAUUUAUUGUUAAUAUUAGCAGCGUUUGUGUGGCCCCGCAGCAUAUCUAAACGAAGUCCACGUUAAUAAUUUAAUCCUUAACGGUUUUCGCCCGCAUUCCCAGCGCGAUUCAUAGUCCAAUCAAAAAACCAAAAACAAGGCAAACGGCUAGUCAAUUUUGAUGUGUGAUACUUUAAGUUAUUGUUAUUGGUUUAGUUCUAGCAGGAUCCCACCCCUUUGAUCUCGAAGUAAGGUUAGAAUCGAUAGUAGAGACAAACGCUUACCUCAUGCUACAGCGAGAUUUAACGCCAAUUCACUCAGUUGUUGGUUCUCAUCCUCUCGAAACAGUUCAAAAUUGAAAGAGAGUUAAAAAAUUGGCCGCAAACAAAAAAAUCAGAGAGGAUGCUGACAACUCUACUAACGAAUUUGCGUGAAAUCGCUUUAUUUAAAUAUCUUCCCUCUAUCAUCCAGCAGCAGCAGCAAGCAAAUCGCACUCUUCGAAGCCGAAAACAAAACCAAAAAAGCAGAGAGAAACCAAACAAACAGAGAUAAACAAAUGUGGUAACCUACAUAUCAUAUCGGGAUGUAUACUUCAGAGUUAAGUAAAUUUUUCGAAACAAUUGGUACACCGUUUCCUCCGUUUUGCUGGUUUUGUUGUUGUGGACAAGCGCACAAAAAUUUUCCGCAUACGAAUUUUAAUCCCCCCGUUGAAUUCCGUCGCGCACAUCGCAUCGUAAUCGGAAAUAAAACAAAAAAUAACAGAACAGCAACAACAAAAACACCCACCGGACACGGCUUUUUAUCGGCGUUUAAUUCAUGAAGAAAACAAAAAGAAACUAGGCGGGAUACCACUUUAUUUUAAAUGUCUAUCUUCGAUUUAGAAACGACGAAUGAACUUGAUCGGGAAAAGUAAGAGAGAGAGAGAGAGAGCGAGAGAGAAAGAGAAAAUUGUCAAAAAUGAUUGUCUCGGAAAGAAAGCACCAUCAAAAUGUUCAGCACUACUUUUGAACGUAAAACAAGCAAACAGAAAAAAACUAUAACAAAGCAAGCCAAAAUUUUCAAUUCAUACCCAAGCCCAAAUAAAGCAAGAACGAAAUAAAAAAAAUUCAAUUGCAAAA